GAUGUUUGUUAUUUGAUAAUUUAUUCUCGAGUAAUUUAUUAAAGUGAAAUAUUAACGAUGGUGACAAAGCUGUUAGUAACGGUGUUAUUAUCGCUUUUAGCUCUUUCAAAUUGUGAUCAGAUUUUUGUAAGACUCGUCCGAUAUUAUGGAGAUGGCCCAGAUAAUAUAACAAUAAACCAAAUUGAAGAACUGAAACAAAAUGUGUUGUUUGGCCAUAUUAGAACGAUUGAAAUUAUCGAUCAGAAUGUUCCUAAAUUACCCAACAAAGUUUUGGAAAAUGUUGACGUUACUUCUUUGCGUAUGAUUAACGAUAAUUUGGAAGAAAUUGAACCAGGAGCUUUCGAUGAAUCACGUCUCAAUUCAAUCACUAUAACUGGUAACAAAAUUGAUGUUAUCCAUGGAAAUAUAUUUAAAGGCAAAAAUAUGUAUGAUUUAGUUCUAACUAAUAACACAAUCAAGGUAUUAGAAGAAGGAGCAUUCGAAUCAUCAGAUAUUAGCGAUGUUAAUCUUGGUAACAACGAAAUAGAGACUCUCACUUUGGGAACGUUCAAUAAGGCGAAAAUCUACGGUUUAAACUUGGAGGGUAAUAAAAUGCGAGAAUUGUAUCCUGGUAUUUUUCACGAGAUGGAAAGUAUUAAUAAUGUGAAUCUCCAUAAUAAUUUUAUAGAAGAUAUCGGAACAACUUUUUCAAAUAUCACAACUUUAUGGGAUAUCAAUUUAUCAAACAAUUCCAUCAAGUCGCUUCAACCGAAUUGUUUCUCGGACUCGCCUCUAAGGUAUAUAUAUUUAGAAGACAACGAAUUAACUGAAAUUCAUAGGGAUGUAUUCAAUCAUUUACCGUUGCAAUAUCUGAAUCUUUCAAAUAAUAAAAUCGAGUUUAUUCAAAAUGAUAGUUUCGCCGAUCUAACCGAUGUCUACAAUAUCGAUUUAUCAUAUAAUAAACUCGAAGAAUUAAAACCUCGUUUCCUGAUUGGAAUAGAACGUAAAAUGUUGGUCAUUUAUCUAGAUCACAAUAACAUGAAUAAUAUAGAACCAGGAGCGCUUGAUGAAAUCAAUAUCGGCUCUUUGCAUUUGACAAACAACAUAAUCAAAGUUUUGAAAGCUGGCGUAUUUAAAAAUAAAAAUAUAGAUUAUGUAGAUUUUUCAAAUAAUCAAAUAUCCAACAUUGAAGAUGGAGCUAUGGAAAACUUCCGCGUUCAAACAUUAACAUUGUCUCAAAAUUUAUUAGAAAAACUCACAGUUGCGAUGUUCAAAGGAGCUAACGUUACCAAUUUGAAUUUGGAUAACAAUAAAAUUGAACAUAUUGAAGACGGAACUUUGCAACAAGUUGCCGAAUUGAGUAGUAUUAAUCUUAGUAAUAAUUUUAUUGAAAAUGUGGGAAAGGUUUUCAAUAAUUUAAAAAACAUACACGAAUUGUCUUUGGAUAAUAAUAAAAUUAAAAAUAUCCAACCAGGAAGUUUUGCAAAUUCUAAAAUAUCUACUAUUUCUUUGAUCGGUAAUCAAUUAACUCAAAUAGAAAGAGGAGUAUUUAAUGAUUUACCUUUUAUUAAUAUAAAUCUAGUUAGAAAUAAAAUAUCAAACAUAGAGAACGGAGCUUUCGCGACUAAAGAUUUGAGAGAUUUAAAAUUGGGAAGCAAUAAAAUUGGAAACCUUUCUCCUUCUUCUCUAGGUGUUAUUGAUAACGAUCAAUUAGAUUUAAGUUUGGAUGACAAUGAGAUAAGCGACAUUGCACCCGGUUCUUUAGCAACAGUUACAGUAAAAUCAUUGGAUCUAAAAAAUAAUACUAUUAAAUCAAUUAAAAGGUCAAUGUUUAAAGAUGCCAAUAUUGCGUUUUUAGUAUUAAUGAAAAAUGAAAUUGAUGAUGUUGAAACAAAUGUUUUUCAAGAUGUUAAAAAUUUGGUAUUCGUCGAUUUAAGUUACAAUAAAUUUACAACUAAAGUUAAUGACAAUCUUGUUGAUAUCAAUAUUUAUGUUAAGCCUAAAGCGGGGUUAGGAAAUUAUACUAGCGAAACUAUAGAAAAGCUUAUAUCAGCGUCCUAUACAACUGGUUAUAUUGAGGAAUAAAAAAUUAUAUUUGAAAUGUAACUCAAAAAUGUACCACGCCAAUAAAUUUUUGAUUUAUUU